AUGCCUGUUGAGCCUACUGCAAAAUCUUGUGUUGUCCGCGCUCGGGACCGUGAUCCCACUGAGGCACGUGCUAAAGCUGCUACCCGCGUGAAGCCUGGCCCAAAGCUUAACGGAACCCAUCGCUCAUCUGCUAUUCUGGGGCAGGAAGGGCGCAAAAAUCUCACAAAUUAUGACUGGCUGCAGGUUAUCCAGUAUGCCGAGAAAAAUCCGGGGACAAAGCAGAAAGCUGUCAUAGAAUUCUUUGCCUCGAGAUCUAAUGCCGAGGGAGGGAAGCUAUUCUUCACCCAGGGCGCACUUUCAAAACACCUCAAUCCGGAGAAGAAGGCUGCCCUUCUAAAACUUGCUGCUGAAAACUCUGCCGCACUUUUGCUCAAGCGUGAGCGCGUUGUCACUUCACCCGAAGUUGAUCGGGGCCUUGGUCUCUGGGCACUUGAUAUGGAACAAAAGAAUCGUGCUGUGACAGGUGCCAUGUUGAUCGAGCAACGGAAGAGGCUCGAGAUUGCUCUGAAUGUUCCUGAAGAGCGUCGCCUGAGAGGAACAGGAUGGCUCGAGUCGUUCAAGAAAGCUCAUGGUCUGUCUGAGAGACGCAGACACGGCGAGGCCGGCUCUGUUGAUCUGGCAGCUGUUGAAGUUGAACGCAAGCGCUUGGUUCGACUCACCUCCCGUUAUGCCCCCGAGAACAUCUGGAAUGCGGAUGAGACCAGUUUCCUCCCAUCCUUGCCCCCGGAUCGCACACUGUGCACCACACACAUGAGCGGAACCAAACGGGACAAGUUUCGCAUUUCUGCUCUUGUGGCGUGCAACUCGAUUGGAACAGAGAAGCUUGAUCUCAUUGGUAUGCGAAUGCUAGAGAAUGCGUGGAAUCAUGUCACGCCUUCAACCAUUGCCAAUUGCUGGACUCACACCAAAAUCACACCCAAGGAAACGGACGAAUGGGAAGAAAUCUUUGUUGAUCCCAACGCGCCUGACAGUUCCGACUCUGAGUCCGAGGAACCUAAAAUGGACAAGCCAGCAGCGUCGCCAGAGAAGCCGGCAUCAGCGAAGGCCAACAGUGAUGCCUGGGAUGUGAUCUUGGAAUUCGCAACAACCGAAAUGUCGUUACCACAAGCAGAACAGGGGCUUGAACGCGUUCUUGGCACGGAUUACUAUCCCAAGGACUGGAAUGCGCCUCUUGACGCUGUCAUGGCCUGCGAAGGCGAUUCAAUCAAGGCUGAGCUUGCCGUUCGGGAUCUCAUGGCCGCUCAGACUGAAGCUGCUGCCAAGGGUCCUCUGCGCCGAUUUGCUUGCAAUCGCCAUCUCCGCGCGGCCGAGGAUGCGCUGUCUGACACCAUUCAAACACUUGCCACGGAGCGCUGCAUCCGCGGAAUCUUGCCUUUGCUCGACGACAUUCUGGAUCCACUCAUUGAACGACAAGAGCCGGGAUCCAGUGUUCUCGGCUUUGCGGAUGGAGACAACACAAAUGAGAUCAUUCAACACAUGCGCAGGGUUGAUCAGGAGGAGCUCGAGGCCGAGAUCGAGGAGGAGGAGGAGCCCGAAUUCUCGUUUGAUAAGAAGGAAGCCAUCGCGGCAAUAAAGCUCCUGGAGCAGAUCGCUCGACACCGACCUGAUCUCGACUCGACGCUGACCCUUGGCCCUCAACUUCGUAAAAUGCACGUUGGGCUCACCAAGGAGAUUGAACAGGGCAAGAAACAGACGGAACUCAGUCAGUACUUCAAGUAG